AUGAUCCGCCGUGAGCGCAAUGAUCGGCUGUCGGUUUCUGAGAUCGAGGAAGGCGAGGUUCGCUCGCUGGCCAUGCGAAAGGCCAUCUCACUGCUCCGAAACUAUCUGUACAAGCAGGAGAGCUCCAUUCUGAAGUCCUGGUUCAAGCACUUUGACACCAACAUGAACGGCUUCAUCGAGAAGCGGGAGUUUUUGCAAAGCCUCUCCAAAAUGACCGGCGAGGCUCGGGAGAUUUCCGACGAGCUGGAGCUCUUAGAUUCGGAGAGCAUCAGCUUACGUGAGAUCCACGAGGGAAUGGCGAGCCUCUGGAGCCGCUUCAGGAAGUUUUGUGGCACUGCUUUCUUGGGCCCCAAGGAUUUGCUGGCGAAGCUCCAAGGGAUCCGUUUGGAGUCCGAGGAGGAGAAGAGGUCCAACCAGCGAAAGCAAGAUUUGGGCCUCUCCAGCUCUCCGAGCCUGCAACUGAACAUGCGCUUAGCAAGUCAGCCUUUGGUGGUGGACCGGGAUCACUGGGAAGAGCGCCUGCCUCGCUGUGGCUGGGCCGGGGGCAACGAGCGGCUGCUCUUCGAAGCCCUGGACCUUCACGACGAGGGGCUACUGGGACAAAGGAACUUCUUCUGGCUGGACGCGGAGGUCCGACGCUUCGCCUUGAAAUGUGAGGCAAAGCAGAAGGCUUCCGAGGAUCACAAGGUCCGGAUCGCCGCCAGGAAGAAGCGCCAAAAGGCCCUCACGGACUUCAAGGCUUACGUGAAGCGACACUUCGGGGAGAGUUAUCACGCCUGGCGUCGGGCUCUUGACAUUGAUGGCACCAUGAACCUGCAGAGAGCUGAGCUCUUCAAGGUCUGUCGCCACCUUGGCUGGAAAGGCGAUGUGAAGUUGCUUUGGCAGGCCUUAGACUCGGAUGGGGCGGGCACCUGCUCUUUGCAGGAGCUCGAUGCCCGCUGUGCCCGGCAGCUGGCACGCUUUAGGCGUUGGGCGGAGGUGAAGUUUGGCAUCCGACCGGCGCACGCCUUGUGGAAGGCGGUGGACCGACGUAACAAGUACCGGCUGACGCAUGAGAGCUUCCAGAAAGAGUGCCUGAGAUUGGAGGUGGAUUUCGAGGAGAAGGAGCUGAGCGAGCUCACACGCUGGUUGGAUUGGCAGGAGAAGAAGGCCAUCACCUUGGAAGACCUCCUUUUCAUGGAUCUUUGGAAGCCACCCGCCUACUUGGUGGCUCAGCCGAAUCCGGUGGCGGCCGAGGAUAUCCGGCAGAUGCUGAAAGACAAGUAUGGCCAUCCUCUCCGUGCUUGGCGGCAGGCAAUGGACAAAGACAACUCCAACACCUGCAACUGGUACGAGUUUCUGGCAGCCUCCCGGUCCCUGAACUUCACAGGCGACGUCGCGGGUGCGUGGCUGCAUUUCGACAAGGAUCUCAGUGGAGCGAUCUCCCUGGCAGAAAUCGAUCCCAAGUCAAACGACAUGAUGGUGGAGUUCAAGAAGUGGGCCGACGGCGAGUUCGGCGGAGUUCGUGCAGCAUUCCGCGUGCUGGACAAGGACAAGUCGGAGACGCUUUCCUUUGCGGAGUUCCGAACCUCCGUGGUGAGCUUUGGCUUCACCGGUGAUGAGGUCACCUUGUUCAGGUGUCUGGACAGCGGACAGGGGAAGCUCCACCCACAUGAGGUGCAUUUCCUGGACGACUGGGACACCACCGCCCCAGACGCGGCUUCGGAGCCGAGCGUCGACUCGCUACAAACACGACCUCGCAGCCAAGGCGGUUGGUCUCGAAUGACAAAAAGCGGCCGACCAGGAUCGGUGCAGGAGUCCAUCCUGGAGUUCUACACGGAUGCGCCGGGGCCGGGAAGCUACGAGCUGCCUUCGGCUUUUGCAGCGAAGCCGAAGACGCCAACUGCCAGGCAUUCUGGCACCUGGAGCUUUUGCAGCCGGCCGGAAGCCGCGUGGCUCCAGCAGCUCAAGUCUGUCGGCCCAGAGGCGGGGCUAUCCCCUGCAGAGCCACGGCGGCGGCCGCCGUCUUGGACCUUUGCCCGUACCUCCCGCAUGGGUCUCGGCAGGGCCGCAUCUCCGGGGCCCGGGAGCUAUGAGGUGCCCGUAGUGGAGACUCCGAAGUUCUCGAUGGGUAUCCGGCGGAAUGCCAGGAUGCAUCCCAAGGCGUCGCCGCAGUUGACAUAUCCCGGGAGUCAAGCGAACAAAAAGCGCCGUCUCCUCAGCACCACACGGGCCGCCUUGAUGACGUCAGCAACUGAAGCUCGCUCCAGAAAGAUGGAAGAAAGAUCGGGCCCUUUGAAUGGCUCCGAGCCAUUCCUCGGUUGGCUUCCAAAUGCAAUGUUUUCAGUUCUCGUUCCUUUCAUAACCGUCGUGCUCUGUGUUUUCGAAGCCGGCGCGGUCGAGCGAACACGCACGCUCGUGAGGCGGCAUGGGGCCCUUGCCGAAGAGGCUGCAGAGACUUAUCUGACUGAGCUGGACUCGGAUGCCGAGUCGGCAAGCCCCACCCAGGCCAAAGCAAGCAAGUCAUGGGACUCGCUGCCGUACUCCAGUUUCGCUGGAAGCAUCGGUGGCGAGAAGGAUCAGAAUGCGUCGCUGAAGUCGCCAGUGGAGGGAGAGCUGGCCAACAGCAGCGAGAGCUCAGAUCUGAGGAGAGAUCAGGUGGAGGUGACUGGUGCUGGCACUGUCGUCGUUGCGAGAGUGCCAGCGCAAGCACCGAUUGCUCCCACCGAACGAGCUGCUCGAGCAAGCUCCGCCGAAGCAGAUCUCGCGCAGGCAGGCUCUCCGAAAGUGGAAGCCGCUGUCUCAGCCCAGGCCGAGCACAGCUUGGAGUCAGUCGAGGCGCCUCCCGUGCCCGGCACGGGAAGGCCGCAGGCAGCUCCCGCCGUUUCCGCCGGGACCGGGACUGACACGGCCACAGCAAAACCAGCCCCGGCAUCGCCACCCUUACCACAGCAGCCUGGGCCUGGCCCCUUGGCGCCUCUGCAGGCACGGCCCGUUAGCGAAGCAGAGCCUGCGCCCAUUCAGAUGCCACUGCCAGCCCAGACUCCCCGUGUCCUUGCCUCGGCAGAGCCGCAGCCCUUGCAAAUGCAGACUAGCGACCCGGUACAAAGCUUGCCAGCACAGGCUGCCACAGCAAGGGUAGACGCUUCAGCCGCCACACAGCACCAGCUGGACAGCUCCAGCCGUGCGGGGGAGGCUUCGAUUCAAUUGCACGGUGAUUCUCGGCAGUUGGCUGACAUGCCUCCUGCAACGGUGCAAGAAGUGCGUCCAGCUGUGCCACUAUCACCCGACGAGUCUGCCGUCGGAGGGCCUUUGAAACCAGCGGAUGUCGGCACAAUCCCUGCUGGCGAUGGGGCAAACCCAGCCAAGCCAAAUGCGGCAACUGCCUCGCCGGCCGUGCAACCUGAGCCCGUGCAGAGCGAGCAGCCGGCAAGCGUCCAGGCGCCAGCGCAGCCCCUGCUUCCGACAAGGAAUUCUCCCUUGCUUGUUGCUGGAAAUGCCACCCAGGAAGCUCCGGCACCUUCCGUUCAACUCGUGCGACCUCCACCGGCGCCACCGCCGGUUUCGGCAGAAGUGGACACGAGGAGUGUGCCGGUCAACAACUCGUCUGCAGAGCCGUUGCUGAAGAAAGCGGCGCCUGUGACCAGCGAAGCUGCGCCUGCCUCGGUCGUGGCAGGCCAGGUGGCAGCUUUGUCCGGAAGGAGGACAGAGCCGGCCCAGCAUCUAUCGAUUGCGCCAGCCAGCCUUGCAGAGCAAGCUGUCCAGGCCAGCCAGGUCCCACUUGCAGCAGGGAUGCCUGCUACUGGCAUGGCAACAAUGCCAGCAGUGAAUGGUGGUGCAAACGCUAUGAUGCCCAUGGCGACCGCUCCUGUAGCAAUUGCAGCUAAUCCUACUACAACUCCAGCCCCCACCACAGCUGCACCAACUACCGCAGCAGCCACCACUGCAGCGCCUACCACUGCGGCAGCUACCACCGCCGCCGCUACAACCGUCGCGGCAACCACGCCUGCAAAAGAAGAAGGCGAAAAUGAGAAGGACGGCGACGGAAACGAUGGGGGCCCUGAAGGAGGACACAACGGCAGCCAUGAAGUCGUUGCUGUUGGCUCCGGCCGUGCCGAGGAGGCCGCCCUCGAUAACAGCAGUGCCGAGGCUACCGGAGCCGACGGUCCCAAGGCGAAAGUCAUGGGAAUGGAUCAGCAGCUGCUUCUUACCGGUGUGGCGGCCGCUCAUCGUGGUGGUGCCGGUAGGUGUCUUCUGCUGCUGCUGCCGGAGAAAGUAGCCCGGUGCCGUCGUGAGAACUUCAGGUGCCAAUGGACUGGUUCACCGACUGAGCUUCGGGUUUGGUUGCAGACUUCUUUGCUCGUUGGCUCUACGGAGCCUCUGCCAACAGGGCAUCUGGCUGUGACUAUCUUGUAUGAUCUUAGAUACACGAGCUGUGACGAUGGACUAAUCCGGCUGCAGUCACAUCACACGGCCAAAGUCUAA